CUAUUUUAAAAUCUGGCACUUAAUGACACGUUUGUGAAGCCACCUUCAUCUACAGUAGAGUGGGUUCUUUGUGUGGCCAAACCUCUUCUCUACGUGUAUAAGUCUGGAGUGUUUAUUUUCGCUUAGCAACUGGACCGGCCGCUGUUCACAAGCAGUGCUGUAAACAAACGAGAAGGAUAAGAAUCUGUCACGAAGCAGUAGCAGCCUUUCCAACAAAGGCGUGACUGACACAACUGGACAGCACUCUUGGGAUACCUGGGUGUCCUUCGUCUUUCCCAUCCCAAGGGUUUGACACAAGCAGUGUUUUUUGAGUUUGUAAUUAGGACAUCUUAGAAAAUAAGGCCGAGAAUGAUCCUGCAUGGAGCUGAUUGGAGUAGGGGACUUUGGUGAGCUCUGACUGGAGGAGGAGGUAAGAGCGAUACGGGUGGAUUUCUCCCUUCAGCGGCCAUGUUAACCAGGAAACCCUCUGCUGCUGUCUUUCCAGCCCGAAAGGGUGGAAAGGGAAAAGGACUUAAAGGCAUAAAAAUCCACACUUCUGCUGGUUUUCAGAACGAAAGUCGGCAGUAAACCAAGAUUUGCUAUAGUGGCUAAAUGGUGAAAAAUAUGCAUGAAGGUACCGGCUCAAAUUACGAAACUGCAUAUCCCUUUUCGGAUUUCAUAAUACAGUACUGAUCAUGUUGGAGAUUUUAAUGCUAUAGCAAAAUGAUUGGAUGUAUUUUUAGCAAUGGCGUGCGCUUGUUUGAAAAAAGAUGGGCUAAGGCUUUCUGAUGCUGUAGCUGUGGAGGCUUCUGUUAAGGUCUUGGAAAAUAGUGUCAGCCACAUGGGUCAACAUUGUGUCAGUGAUUUAGCAGCAUUAUUUUCACCCACUGAGAGAAAUUAUUCAAGCCUUUUCAUCUGGUAUGAAUGUUGGAUAUACGAUGGCCCUAAUUAAACCAGACAUGUGGGACCCCUGGAUGGGCAACUUUGAAAUUGUACAAGGAUUUCUUUCUGUUUUGGAGAACAUUUCCAUUAUGGUUAAAAUUGUGUCCUCUUGAAAACGGUUGAAGCAAGUAAGCACACAAUGAAUGAGCACUUACACAGUGCUGGCCAUGGGCAAAUGCAAGUUCAGCAGUUGUAUGAGGACAAUAGUAACAAGAGGCCAGUUUUAACUGCACAGCCAAAUGGUUUCACUGGAAUAAGCAAAACUGGAUUGCCUGCAGUUCAGGAUCGACCACUUGAUAGCACCCAUAGAAGGCAAGGUAGCUCUAGCUCAUUAAAGUCUACAGAGGGAACUAUGAAGCCAAAAGCCAACCCAUUAACACCUGAACAUGCAAUGAAGCAAUAUAUGCAUAAAUUAACCACAUAUGAGCACCAUGAGAUUUUUAACUAUCCUGAGAUCUACUUUGUUGGCCCAAAUGCAAAAAAGCGUCAGGGUGUUAUUGGUGGAGCAAACAACGGAGGAUAUGAUGAUGACCAGGGAUCUUAUAUUCAUGUUCCUCAUGAUCACCUUUGCUAUAGGUAUGAAGUUUUAAAAGUUAUUGGAAAAGGAAGCUUUGGUCAAGUGGUGAAGGCCUAUGAUCAUAAAACACAUCAACACAUAGCAUUAAAAAUGGUUAGAAAUGAAAAACGUUUCCAUCGGCAGGCUGCAGAAGAAAUUCGCAUUUUAGAACAUCUAAGAAAACAAGAUAAAGAUAACAACAUGAAUGUUAUUCAUAUGCUGGAGAACUUUACAUUCCGAAACCAUAUCUGCAUGACUUUUGAGUUGCUGAGUAUGAAUUUGUAUGAGCUAAUUAAAAAAAAUAAGUUUCAAGGCUUCAGCCUUCCAUUAGUUCGUAAAUUUGCACACUCAAUUUUACAGUGCUUGGAUGCUUUGCACAAAAAUAGAAUUAUUCACUGUGACCUUAAACCUGAGAAUAUUCUUCUCAAGCAACAGGGUAGAAGUGGAAUUAAAGUAAUUGAUUUUGGCUCCAGCUGCUAUGAACACCAGCGAGUCUAUACAUACAUUCAAUCACGGUUUUACCGUGCACCAGAAGUAAUCCUUGGUUGUCGUUAUGGAAUGCCUAUUGACAUGUGGAGCUUGGGUUGCAUAUUAGCAGAGCUUCUUACUGGUUAUCCUCUGUUGCCUGGGGAAGAUGAAGGGGAUCAGCUGGCUUGCAUGAUUGAGUUGUUGGGUAUGCCAUCUACAAAGCUGCUAGAGUUAGCAAAACGAGCCAAAAAUUUUAUAAGCUCUAAGGGUUAUCCUCGUUACUGUACAGUUACUACUUUGCCAGAUGGAUCUGUGGUACUUAAUGGUGGCCGAUCUCGUAGAGGAAAGUUGCGAGGUCCACCAGGAAGCAGAGACUGGGUAACAGCAUUAAAGGGCUGCGAUGAUCCCCUAUUUCUUGAUUUCCUAAAGCAGUGCUUAGAAUGGGAUCCUUCUCUGCGCAUGACACCAAGUCAGGCAUUACGGCAUCCGUGGUUAAGGAGACGUUUGCCAAAACCUCCAACUGCAGAGAAAUCCUCUGCAAAGAAAAUUACAGAAAGUACAAGUGCUGUUACAUCUAUUUCCAAAUUACCUCCAACUUCAGGCUCAGUUUCGAAAAUAAGGACUAAUUUGGCACAAAUGACAGAUGCCAAUGGAAAUAUUCAGCAGAGAACAGUUCUGCCAAAGCUGGUUAGUUGAGCAUGAACAGACCAGUGCCGGUACUAUGGCAUAUUCAUCUUCAGACAGUCUGUACUAUGUUGCUGAGCCUUAUUUAAAGAAAAAAAGAAUAGAUCUGUUGAAUUACUUAAACAAGUAGUAUGUUUUGCUGUACUGUUCUUUUUAACAGAAGUAUUGUAAGUGACAUUUUUCCUACAGACUGGGGACUGUGCUUUAGGUCUUUUAUGCAGAAGUAAGUUUUUUAUUGUAUAACCCUAUACCACUUGCUCUAGGUACACUUACUGCUGCAUAUUAAGGCACUGCAGUGGCUGGCCACUGGUAGUGUGUAAUGUCAUCAUCUUGUAAACAUUUUAGUUAUGUAUAAGAAAGAAUCUAUAUAAUGAAUUUUCAUAAGGUUCUUUCAUUACAUUUCAGCAGAGAGUGUACAUAAAAUAAAAUGAUGGUGAAAAUGUGCCUGUUGUGCUAGAACCCAGUGAGAUUCAAUGGCAUCAUUUUCAUGAUCAAGUGGUUCUUGGCAAAAUUAUGUUUAGUCAAUUAUGGAAAAUUGGAGAAAAUGAGUGUAUAUGUUCAUAUGGAGAAAAUGGCAUUGCUGUAAAAUGAGGCAUUAUCUUCAUGUUUUUUACUUACAAGAUAAAGCUGAGAUAUGUAUAAUGCAGUAUGACUGUUAUUCCCCAGAAUUUACAAAACAAGUGUACAAUUAAUAUUGAAUUUGAAGAUGUGUACCUUACCUUUUGUAAAGGUAACCAAAUAUUUAUUUUGGGGGGUGGGAAUGUGUUGUGACUUUGUUUGAGAUGUAAUAUUUUAUAAGAAUGUGAUAAUAUGUGAUCUCAGGGUUUAUAAUUCAGGAUUGAUCAGUGUGGCGGGUAGGAGUUAAUUCUUGAUGAAAAUGCUUUAUUUCUCUAAAACCAGUCAGCAAUGUUUCGCUUUAGAAAAUAAAGUUAUUUAAAAGAAACAUCUAAAAAAAUCCUGCUAAUCCAAAAUGCAGGGUAUUUCUUUUUUAAGCUAACAAUGUUUUAAGCUGCUGUGGUCAUAAAGGCAAAUAAAGCUAUACUUCACUAUUUAUUGAUCAAGAUAAAUUAGUUUAUAUUUUCAAAUCACCUGUUAAUAUUUUGGGACAUGUUGCUGACUACUGCUGUUAGAUGCCUCUACUCCAAGUAGUCUGAUAUUGGUGAAAGUUUAAGAAGUUCAGUAGUCCCUGUAUUUUAAAGGUUUAGCUAAACUGUUUCAAAACAAACCGUUAUUUGUAAGGCUACACCUUUGAAGUGUGAUGCAUAUUGGGUUUAAAUGCAACUAUACUGUUUACAAUUCAUUGUGGCAGUUAGCAUAAUAGAAGAGGUCACCUUUUUAACAAUAACAAAAAUAUAUAUAUGUAUGUAUAUAUAUGUUUAAUUGUAGUUGAAACUAAAAAGCAUUGCACCCUUAUCUUGUGUGUCCAGCUAUGCAAAGAAAAAAAAAUAAUAAUAAGGUUGCAGUAACAAGAAGUGCAGUGCAUUAAAAAUUACAAAUAAAAACACUUAAAGCAUGGUCCCCUCAUUUUGAAACAAAAAGUUUCUGGUUUAACUGCUUUUGUAAUUAAGAUUUUGUUUGACUUUGAGGUAGAUCCUUUGUAGAUGCUCAGUUUGUGUGCUCUGCAGUAAGUAAUGGUUUAGUUCCACGAAAGUUUAGUCCUUUAAAUAUUUACAAAGAUAAAUACACAGCGGAUGUUUUUUCCAUAUAUGUUCAAAGUUCUUUGAUCUAGCUGUUUGUUCUCAAGCAUAUCAUCUUCUUACUAUAUACGAUGGCACAGACAAGACUUAGUUGGAUGCAGUUUUUUCUGCAUAUAAAUCCAGACAAAUUUACAUAAUUUUAGCAAAUUUAUAAUUGUGGUGAUCUUCAACUGCAUUUUUCAAUUUCUUGCAAUUAAGGCACUAAUACAAAAUAAUAUUUACUCCAUAUCAGUUUUUACAUGUUCACUUUAAUUUGCAUUAUUAUCUUUCCUUUUUGUUCAUCAUUCAUAGUCAGGAGUGCCGUGUUUCAAAAGUGACGCUAUAUAAGGGAAGGUGUCUGAUAAUUAGGCAUUAAUUGCACAUUUUCUUCACAGUCAGUAAAUUAGGAGAUUGAUUCUUGUUUACUUGUAUUUUACUUUGUACUACCCAGGUUAAAUGUGUUUGAUUUACACUAUUCUAAAUUGUAUAUAUUUAAACAAUAAAAUAUUCUGCAUUUAUGGCAUAUUUUCUAUGCUCUAUUAUGGGGACCUUGAAUGCUGAAGAUUUUUAUCUUCUUUAUGCUGUUUCCCCUUAUAUGUGGACAUAUAUUUACAGUUUAGUGACUGGUGACUUUUCAAACUGCUGCAAUGUGUAAUAUAAAGAGUAUAAAACGGGAAAAAAAAUCACUUCAAAGCAUGACAAUGAUAGGGCAUAGACAAAGCGGUGCUAAUCUGUUCCUCAUUACUACAGUGUCACUGUUUUACUGAUUUUAACCCCUCUCCAGUGUAAUAAGCAGUGAUUCUGUGCCAUGAAAACAGAUGCAUUUUGUUGUAAACUAAAUUUCAUUUUGGGGAGCAUAAGUGAAUGUGUUUUCAUGUACUGACCAAGUCUGUUAUAUUGUAUUGUUAAAGUUGUUGCACUAACUGGGUAAAAAAGUGCAGUUUUGAUCGUUAACUCUUGGCAAAUAUACAGCGGUCCAAGUGUAUUGAGUAGAAAGAAAAAAUGUUCAGGGUUCUGUUUUUUUUUUUUUUUUUUAAGAAUUGUUCUUUAGUGGCAGUUCUGUACCAGUGCCUAUAAUAUUAAAUCUGUUUUUUUUCAACAGAAUGCCAGAAACUUUUUGGUUUAAAGACUGUGUGAAGUAGUAUGUCAACUUUUUUAAAGAACAUUUUUAAGAAGUAGCCAUGAUAAAUAUUAGAUUCAUGGUUGCUUUUUUACUGAGGCUUUGCUACAUUAAAAUACAAAAAAAGUACUGUGUUUAGCUUUGCUAUAAUUUCUUUCAUAAGGGCUCAUUAAUAGUUUGUAGUUUUCUAACUUGGAAAUGGUUUAUUUUCCCACAGGUUUUCAAAUCACUUUGGGACAUUUGAUGUAUUUCCUUGUUUAGCCACAUAAUAACAUUUAGUUGUUUUGCGUUCCAAGUCUCAUUUGGCUCACUUUUGGCAUCAUGGAGAUGUUUAUUGCUUUUGUAGAGAAGUUUACUCUCACUGCUAAUGCUGCAAGUGUAGACAUGGACUCGUAAUGGGAUUCACUGAAUCUGGGAAAAUUUCUCUUUCUGCAAGACACAUAGAUAUUGGAGUUGAUUGUUCUAAAUAAGGAGGUGAAGCGUUCUUCGUAGGGCUGUGGGUGUGUGUGUUGGGGGGCUCUGCUCCCACAUAAAGCAAGACUUUGAAUUCUGCUUCAAUUUCAUGUUUUUCAUUUUGAGGGAAAAUUCAGAAUAAUGCCCCUCUGUGUCAUAUAGCAGAAACUUUUUCAAGUAUACCAGAACAAAACUGAACAGUGUUACACAGCUCUUAGUUUUAAGAUGAUAGAGAAUUGUUCCCUUGGUGUCAACAAUGUGCCUUUUGUUAUCAGUGCCAUGUUGUAAAACUUCAUCCAGUUUCUGCCUGUGUAAUCCUCCUUCAACUGAAAGUUACAUGUAACUGAUUAGAAGCCGAUCUCUUAUGUCACUUAACGCUUCCUGAAAGUAUGUGUCAGUAGAAUUGACCCCUGAAAAUCAAAUAAAGUGUUUACUAUAUAAA